GUGCCGGGGGUGGUGAGAUGGCCGCGAUCCGGUGAAGGCGGGGGGAGCCGCUCCGCUCCCGGGGCCUCAGCCCUGCCCCCGGGGCCUCCGCCGGGACCCGCGCCGCGUCGAUGAGCCUGGAGCCUGGCUGCCGUCCCCGGGCGAUGAUGUACUCGCACCGAAGGAGAAGUUGUGAGGACACUGCAGUAAGAACCUAACACACCGGCACUAGUCCAGGCAACUGAGCAGAGAAAGGAAUCUUUUCACAAGGAAGGUGAAUCUAAGAUGUCCUUAAGCAGCAGCAGUUCAGCUGGGAAAGGUGUGGAUUCGAAUGCUGUUGAUGCCUAUGACAGUGGGGAUGAGUGGGAUAUCGGAGUUGGGAAUUUAAUCAUUGACUUGGACGCAGACUUGGAAAAAGACCAGCAGAAAAUGGAGAUGUCUGGAUCAAAAGACGGGAGCAUCCCAGUGCCAAGCGCUGUGGCAGCUCUCCCAGAGAAUAUCAAGUUUGUCACUCCAGUUCAAGCACCUCAGACCAAGGAGAGCAAAUCAAAGGCAAAAAGGAGCAAAAAUGCAAAGGAAGGGAGUAAAUCUGUGUCUGCUGCUUCUCUCUACACUGUGGGAGAGUCAGGAAAUGGCAAGAAAGAAAUGCAGGCGCGAUCUGCUGAUAUAGCAAAUCCCAGUGGACUGGGGUCAUCCAACAGCACGUCCAAAGGAUCUGAAAAAGGCCCAAAGACUGUUCGGAAUGGAGCCGGAUCGAAAAAGGAGAAAGAGGGUGGAUCCAGCAAAAGCAAAAAAGAUAAAAGUGAGAGCAGCGGAGGUGUGCAACCGCCUCCUGGGAGUGAUCCCAGUGCUGCACAACAACUCGGGUUGGGGUCAGGGCCAAAGGGCAGCUCGUUUGAAUGUGCUCAGAGCACAAGCUGCCCAGACGGGGCUACGGUUCAAGUGCUGGAUUUAGGAAAUGCACCACUGGAUAGCAACAGCAUUUCCAACCUGCUGGGAAUUAAAACAGAAACAGAGGAGGUUGAAAGUGAGUGUCGACCACUGAAGAAGAUCAAAACCGAGAAGAUGGACUCUCCUGCCUCCACCCCAGCCCCUCCACCCCUUCAUCUCCUGCCUGCCGUCAACAGUGGUGUAGCAUCUCCUGUGGAGCAGAUCAUGGUCCGCACACGAUCGAUUGCAGUCAAUACCUGUGAUGUCGGACUUGCGACUGAGCCUGAGUGCUUAGGACCUUGUGAGCCAGGGACAAGUGUCAAUCUCGAAGGGAUUGUCUGGCAGGAAACGGAGGACGGUGUCCUGGUAGUCAAUGUGACCUGGCGAAACAAGACGUAUGUUGGAACCCUUUUGGACUGCACAAGACAUGACUGGGCACCACCAAGGUUUUGUGAAUCGCCAACAAGUGACCUUGAGAUGAGAGGAAACAACCGAGGGAGGGGGAAACGAGUGCGCCCCAGUACAAACGCUCCAGUGAUUGAGGCCACCGUGGUUCCAGAUACCAAGGUCAUCAACAAGACCCGGGCAUGUACGAGCAGCAAGGGACGUCGGGGCAGCCAGAAUUCCUCUGACAGACGUACCCCCACGAAUACCGUUGAAGACGUCAAGGCAAGUCCUUCAGCAGGAAACAAGCGUAAAAACAAGCCUGCUCCAGAUUUGGAUUUGACCUCGAGCUCCGAGGAUUCAAAGGGAGGGAAAAGGAUGCGCUCCAACUCGCGCGGAGCUGCAACCCCGACCCCCGUCAUGGUGGUGAAGCCUGAGGCGUCUGUGCCCGAGCAUAACUGUCCAUCACCUGUCCUUAUUGACUGCCCCCACCCCAACUGCAACAAGAAAUACAAACACAUCAAUGGGCUUCGGUACCACCAGGCCCAUGCACAUACAGACAGUGACGGUAAGAUCGAGGGUGACAUUGACAGUGAGGAGAAGAACUCUGAUGGCGAGGAGUGCACCCAACAUCCGUCACUGAGUCAGGAUUCUAGUAGCUGCAAUGGUUCCUCCAGCUCCCACACGUUCUGUCAGUUGAAGGGCUCCAUGUCCCCAGCGCGAUCUGUCACUCCAAAAGGCAGGAGGGAAGGCAGCAUGGGCCACAGCCCUUCCUCUGCUGUGAAGCUUGGAACUGAAGAGCUCCAGUAAAAGAAAGCCUCGUCAGAGGCUGACGCCGAGUCUGGUGGGUUGUACAAUGUCGACUGUUCGGAAGAAGGACUUGCAGUUGCCAGCCCGAGUGAUGACACAGGAAACGAUGGCGAUGACUCCACGGAGAAGAAAUCUGUCUUGGAAAAGGAUAAAGCCAAGAAAUCAAGCAGUUCAAAAUCAGAAAAGCUCCCCCUUAAAAAAAAGUCAGCCAGGCCCAUUGUCCCUGCCAUGACACCAGCGCAGAUGUAUAGUUUCUCCACUGCCACUUUCACUGCAUCAGGCUCAGGGCCAGCUCCUGGUCUGGCUACCACCGUCGUUCAGGCAAUGUCCAAGAGCCCGCCACUCAAACCCAUUCAACCCAAACCCACCGAUGGGGAGCCGUCCACGGUGAACCCAGCACUCACACCCUUAAAGGAGAAGAAGAAAAAGGAGAAGAAGAAGAAGGAUGCCAAGGAGGCAGUGAGUCCCAAGCCACUGGGCAAAGUGGGGAAGCCGGAAGAUAGCAAAAGCCCUUUUCGAGAUUCCACUGCUGAUUCUGCGCCCAAAAGCGAGGGGCUCUUGAAUGGCUCUUCCGAGUCGCACGAAAGCCGCUUGGCAAGUAUCAAAGCUGAAGCGGACAAGAUCUACAGCUUCACCGACAACGCGCCGAGCCCAUCCAUUGGUACGGCCAGCAGGUUGGAAGGCACUGGCCUGGUCACGCCUAUAACACCCUUGCACGUGGUGACACAGAAUGGAGCUGACAGCUCCUCGGUGAAGACCAACAGUCCAGCGUAUUCUGAUAUCUCCGAUGCAGGAGAAGAUGGAGAGGGGAAAGGAGAUGGAACAAAAGUCAAAACGUCAUCUCCAGACCAGAUGGCCAAGGAAAGUGCCAAGAAAGCCUUAUUUCCACCUUUAAAUAAAGAAACCCACUCCCCUUACUAUCAAGGUUAUGACACGUACUAUUCUCCCAACUACGCCCACUCGAGCCCUGGAGGUGCCAGUGGUGGUUCAACGGCAGGAGGCCAUUCAGUCAAAAUCAAGAAGGAAGUGGAUGAGGAGGGUGUGGAAGUGAGGGUCAAAGUUGAAAGCACAGACGAUAAGAAGACUGAAAUGAGCAGUGCUGGCCACCAUCCUUCAGUGAUACAGCAGAGGUCGCAAAUGUACAUGCAGCCUCUAUAUUACGGCCAGUAUGCCUACGUGCAGUAUGGGUACAGUGAUCAGGGAUACCACAGUCACAUGAUGAGUACAAAUCCAGGGUACAGGCAGCAGUAUGAGAAAAUGUGCGAGGAGCAGCAUAAACAGAGGCAAGAGCAGAACCGGGGGAAACACACCAGCAACGAUCCUGACAAGAAGCAAGAGCACAGCGUGAAAGACCGAGAACGGGAAGAGUGGAAGCAGAAGGCUCCUGCCUCUGCCACCCUCUCUAAAGCACCUAGCUUGACAGACCUUGCAAAACCUGUGCCUAAUAAGCCCAAGGACUCAACAGACUCUAUAAAAUAUGGCAUAAUGGCAAAAGCGGAUGAUGCCUCCAAGUUGCAGUCACAGCAGGCAGAAGGAUUAAAGAUGAAAUUAACUGAGGGGAGUCACCUUGGGAGGAGUUGUGUGAACAAAACAGGUCUGGAGUCGAGCAAACACUCUGGAAUGGAUCCAGGGCUAUGGUAUAGACAGGAAUCUGAAAGCAGAUUGUGGUCUUACGUGUAUCCUAACAAAUACUCCGAGCAGCAAAAGGCAGAAGAGGAAAGGUGGAAAGAAGCAGAGCGAGACCGGAAAUUUAAAGAUGAAAGCUCAUCUCGAAUAAGAAGCAAAGAGGUAGCAGUCAAAGAAGAAGGUAAAGACAGCAUGUGCUUGGAGUCCCGUUCAGCCUCACUGGAAGAAUGUCGAUCUGUUGGAAAAGAUCCCAGAUCAGGACUUCACAUUCCUGUGUCCUCCUCAAUGGUUCAACACCCAUCUUACAUGCCAUACGUUCAUGGCUACCCUUAUGGAAAGCCAUACGAAGCUCCUCACCCGGGAUUCCGAGGGGUGACACCAAUGAUGAUGCAGAAUUAUCCAGGAUCAUACCUGUCCUCGGGAUUCUCUUUCUCACCGUAUGCAAACAAGGUUCCAGGACAUGAUGACAGCGAUCGGGCUCACGGGAGUCCCGGUGUGGGCAGCAAGUCGAGCUCUGAAUCAAUGGCCCUAGAUAUCUUGCAGCAACAUGCCAGUCAGUACAAGAGCAGGUCACCAACGACGAGCGAGAAGCCGCCUCAUGAAAGGGAACGAGGAGAACGAGACAUCGAUAAAGAAAGGCCCCGUUCUUCCCCAUCCCAGCGACAGAUUGCCUCGCAUCACCAUCUUGGAAUGGGGUACCCAUUGCUUCCAGGGCAAUAUGACCUCCCGUAUGCAACAGGCCUCUCCUCCCCAGCCAUUGUUGCAAGCCAACAGGCUGCAGCACAAGCCUCGGUGUCCACCCUGUUCCCACCAACCAGAAGGGUGUAAGAGGGUGUGAUCACUUUGUUCAAAGUCAUGUGACUGGAUCACGUGAGGACGCUCAGCAUUUUUUUAGACAUCAGUUCAAUGGUGUUCCUGGUUCCUGCCAUGAAGUCAGGCAGACUAUUGUAAUGUUUCUC